AAAAAAAAAAAAAAAAAUAUAUGACUUGGUGACUGAUGCCGUCAUUUUUUUUGGUUUAUUAGAAACUCAGCACUGGUUACUGUCGAAUUGUUCGGAUUUUAAAGCCACUCGCUUCGUCUUGAAGCGACUCUCUCCGGGCGUCCAAAAUGUCAGCCAGCGCCGUUUACGUGUUAGACUUGAAAGGCAAGGUCCUGAUUUGCCGUAACUACCGCGGCGAUGUGGACAUGUCCGAGAUCGAGCACUUCAUGACUCUGCUGAUGGAUAAGGAGGAAGAAGGCACUCUGUCUCCCAUCCUGGCUCACGGUGGAGUGCGCUUCAUGUGGAUCAAACACAACAACCUUUACCUUGUUGCGACGUCCAAGAAAAACGCCUGCGUCUCUCUGGUUUUCUCGUUCCUGUAUAAAAUCGUGCAGGUUUUCUCCGAGUAUUUUAAGGAGCUGGAGGAGGAGAGCAUCCGAGAUAACUUUGUCAUCAUUUACGAGCUUCUGGACGAGCUAAUGGAUUUCGGCUACCCACAGACGACCGACAGCAAAAUCCUGCAGGAAUACAUCACACAAGAGGGGCACAAGUUAGACACAGGAGCACCUCGUCCCCCUGCGACGGUCACCAAUGCCGUGUCCUGGAGGUCAGAGGGCAUCAAGUACAGGAAGAACGAGGUUUUCCUGGACGUCAUCGAGUCCGUCAAUCUUCUGGUCAGUGCCAACGGAAACGUCCUCCGCAGCGAGAUCGUGGGCUCCAUUAAAAUGCGAGUGUUUCUUUCGGGCAUGCCCGAGCUGCGUCUGGGGCUUAAUGAUAAGGUCCUGUUCGAAAACACCGGACGAGGGAAGAGUAAGUCCGUAGAGCUGGAGGACGUGAAGUUUCACCAGUGCGUACGACUGUCCCGCUUCGAGAACGACCGCACCAUCAGCUUCAUUCCUCCAGACGGAGAGUUUGAGCUCAUGUCAUACCGUCUUAACACGCACGUAAAGCCUCUGAUCUGGAUUGAGUCUGUGAUUGAGAAGCAUUCACACAGCAGAAUUGAGUACAUGAUUAAGGCCAAAUCACAAUUUAAACGGCGCUCUACUGCCAAUAACGUGGAGAUCCAUAUCCCUGUGCCCACCGACGCCGACUCGCCCAAGUUUAAGACCACAGUGGGGAGCGUGAAGUGGGUCCCAGAGAACAGUGAGAUCGUCUGGUCUAUUAAAUCUUUCCCUGGAGGUAAGGAGUAUCUGAUGAGAGCACACUUUGGCCUGCCUAGUGUGGAAGCUGAGGAUAAAGAAGGAAAGCCACCAAUCAGUGUUAAAUUCGAGAUCCCCUACUUCACCACCUCUGGAAUUCAGGUGCGUUACCUGAAGAUCAUCGAGAAGAGCGGAUACCAAGCGCUCCCAUGGGUACGAUACAUCACCCAGAACGGAGACUAUCAGCUCCGGACCCAGUAGUAGAACUUCACACGGCUCCUGCUGGCUGACCCACAUGGACAUGGAUCUCUCUCGCUCUCUUUUUUUUCUUCUCUCUCUCUCUCUCUCUCUCUCUCUCUCUCUCUCUCUCUCUCCCACUCUUUCUUUCUUUGUAUCUUUCUCUCUCUUUUCCCCGAACUUUCAGACGACUGAAACCGCUUUCAUGAUCUCAAAGACCGGCAAGGAGGCCUUACCCAGCACACCUAUCCAUUUCAAAUGCACACGUUUGAACCCUGUUGCUGAUGCCUAUAUACCUUAAUUUGCUAGGUUAUUAAUGAUUUAGGUGGAAAGUAGUGAGCUACUCCGAGCAGUUCUCUUAAACACCGCAGACAUUUCGUCUGUCUCAGGCCUGCUCUCAUGUAGGUCGUGUUUAAAAACUUUUUUUUUCUUCCGGACCAUCAGUUUUUGUGUACAUGUUUAGAUAUAUUCCUUCUCUUUAUGGUCAAUGAUCAGCUAACCAUUUUUAUUGUAAGAAUCCUUAGUGGGAUUUCAAUGUUGUCAGUUAAUGUGUGUGUUUACAGGAGUGUUUACAUUGCACGUGUAGUAUGGACUCUGAUUUUCUAUCAGAGGUGGACAAAUCAUGAAUUCGACAUGUAAAAUCUCUCCGGUGUGCUGCUCAGGCUCGUGUUUUAGUUACCUGGAAAACAAAUCGAAUCCAUCACACUAAAGAAGAAUAUGGCAAGCUAGUGCAUUAAGCAAAGUCUGUUAGCGUUAACUGAGCAGGAGAAUGAUCUUUUCUUGCGUUUCCAUAUUACUGCUUGUUUCUGCUUCCGAAUUAAUCCAGCUUUUAAUACGCAAUACUGCCCCCUAGAUCACUUGUGAGCCACUGUGUGUAGUGCAGCAGUUGGGAGGGUACGUACUUGUUAAGUUUGUUACAACAUUGAGCUCUUUUGCUCCUAGAUGAUCAGUGAAGUUCUUUUUUACCAAACAGUUAUACACUUAAUUCCCAAAAGUUUAUGGACCAUCUUUCACUCCAACCCAUGCAACCCAUAGAGUUUACUUUGUGCACAGGAGCUUCUCCUGAGGUUUGCGUGCCUUCAGCUUUGUGAUAACAGUUUGGGAAAGAACCACAUAUGGUUGGGAAAGUCAGGUGUCCAAAUACUUUUGUCCAUAAUGUGUUUGUGCCACCGGGCAUCUAUGAGAAGACUGGUGUGUACUUGAUGCCCAACUUGUACGAACAAGCACCAUUGUUCACAUACCUCCUUGUGUACUUUAUGUAGAUUUGUGAAAUUGUGUCACUUUUUUCAAUCUGUUCUGCUGCCGUCGUGAUUGUUAGUAGUUGAGACUCAUCGAAGUUACAAAAAUAUUUGCGUGUUUGGAAAGUCUGAAACGGGACUUUCAGUAGGUUUUCACUCUUGAACGCAAAACGUAUGCGCUUGCUGCACGGAAUAGGAUGCAUAGGAGAAAGUGAUUUGUGACAACACUAGCAGAUGUUCGUUUUUCAGGACGCUCACUUGGGUACAUGUGGAUACAUGCGAGUGUAAUUCAUCCUGCACAUGAAACAUGAACUCUGAUUUGUCCACCCCUGAUUAAGCACAUUUCAAAAAUGUUUUCUCUCACCGAAGCUUAACGUCAAAUAUAUAACGCCAUGUUCAAGAUCAGUUCCACCAGAUCAGACCAUUUCCUUCACUGUUCUAGUCACGCAACUGUAUUUCCAUCCAUCGACUGUAUAUCAUUUACCGUGGUUAUUCGCUUUGUUUGUUUUGUUUGCCAAGCAUUUUUGUUUUCAGUAUUAGUAAAAAACAAGUAGAGCUCAAGAUGUCAGCAUCUUGCUGAUACCACUUUCAUGUUUACCACAAAACUUCUCUUAUAACAACAACAGAAAUUGCACACCACAACGGCCCUCGUCCUUAGUGCAAGCGACUCCUGCUCCUAAUAUCAUGCCAUUUUCAGGAUGUGUGUAUGUGUUUCUCCCCCGUUGUUCUACACACACACACACACACACACACACACACACAAACAUAUUAUAUAUAUAUAUAUAUCUCCACAUCCACCCUGACCGGUAAUAUUCAGAAAUCAAAGAUGCAGCAUGACCUGUACACGUGACAUACGAGCACUGUCCUUUUUUCAGUAAAUGAAAUCAAAAUGAAAGUUCGUCUUUUCUCAAA